AUCUCCCCCAUGUCCCACAAAGACUGUGAAUUAAACUACCCUGCAGUUGCAGACAUAAACCUCACCCCUCCCUCUCGCACGGGCUGGGGAGCGAGGUCUGUGGGGGUGGGGGGAGAGGAGUGUGAGGAACUGAUAAGGGGUGGUGACUGAGUGAAAGAGAAAAGAAGCUUUUGUGCGGGACCAGAUAACUUCACUGCAUCACACCCCUUCUCUCUGUCCACAGUGGCACAGUCCUUCCCAUCCCCUGCUAAUCCCCCCCAAAAAAAUUACUUUUUUUUCCCUUCUCUCAGUCUCAUUUUCCUGGAGACUGCUUGAAAUUCCAGCACUUCCUGCCAGGAACGUUCCGUUUUGCUUUCUUUCUUGCUCUCUGUCUACCUCCCCCUCUUCUACCCUCCCUACCCUCAUACCCAACCCCGACCCCCAUCCCCACCACCCCCUUCCCCACCCACCCAACUGAGGAUUGUAACAAGAAAUGUUUCGCUCUGUGAUUUGGAUCCUCUGCUUCGGAACCACCACUGCAGUGAGCGGGUCACGAAUCACCGAGCAGCCCCAAGAUCAGGUUGUGGUGGCCGGAGACAGCGCCCUCCUCUCCUGUGCUGUGUUCAACUACUCUGGCAUUGUCCAAUGGACCAAGGAUGGACUGGCACUCGGAAUGGGAAAUGGCCUACCAGCAUGGCCUCGGUACCGUAUUGUGGGCGAGGUGGAGAAGGGGGAGCACAACCUGCAGAUCCAGAAUGCUGAUCUGUCUGACGAUGCUGUCUAUGAGUGCCAGGCGACUGAGGUGGCCCUCAGGUCUGACAGGGCAACAUUGACUGUGCUGGUCCCUCCUGAUGACCCUGUAAUUGACGAUGGUCCUGAGAUACUGCUGAAAGCAGGUUCCAUGUAUAACCUAACAUGCCGAGCUAGUGGAGCCAAACCAGCAGCAGACAUCACUUGGUACCAGGAUGGUGCAAUGCAGGAAGGGGCUGCCAGCUCCAAGACUGUGAUGGAUGACGGGAAGAGGUCCACGACCAUCAGCACUCUCCCCAUCACUCCUACUGAUGUGGACACUGGCCACAAGUUCAGCUGCCAUACAAGCAACAAGGCGUUGCCUGCUGGAAAGGAGACCUUCGUCCAACUCAACGUUCAGUAUCCACCAUCUGUCACAUUAUCCAUACAUCCUCAGAAGGUACGAGAGGGAGACCGCGUCAUCUUCACCUGCACUGCCAAUGCCAAUCCUGCCAUCAAUGGAUACAGAUGGGCGAAGGGCGGGCUGCCCAUUGAGGGAGCCCGGGGCAGUGUGUACGAGACAGCUGUGGAUCACACAUACUUCACAGAGCCCGUCUCCUGUGAGGUAAAGAACUCAGAGGGGAGCACGAACGUCAGUUCCCUCGUCGAUGUGGAGUUUGGACCACGGAUGGUAGAGGAACCAGAGAUGAAGACAGCCAACAUGGGUGAGAGUGUGGUGCUGAGCUGUGUAUGGGUGGGCAACCCGCCCUUGACCCUGACCUGGACAAAGAAAGGCUCAAAUGUGGUGCUUAGUAACAGUAACAGGCUGUACCUGAAGGCGGUCACCCAGGCUGAUGCAGGACAGUAUGUAUGCAAGGCAAUCGUCCCGCGGAUUGGGGUUGGUGAGAGGGAGGUCACCCUCAAGGUCAAUGGCCCUCCAAUUAUCUCAAGUGACCCUGUCCAGUAUGCAGUGGAAGGUUCUUACGGCCAAGUGGAAUGUUAUAUCGCAAGCACGCCUCUCCCAGACCGCAUCGCAUGGACAUGGAAGGAAAUGGUACUGGAAUCAGGAGCAUAUGAGCGGUAUUCAGUGGAGACGGUGGGCACAGGUUCAGCAGUACAGUCCACAUUACUAAUCAGUAAUGUUGCCCAGUCCGACUUUGAGACAGACUACAACUGCACAGCCUGGAAUAGCUUCGGACCAAGUACAGCCCUCAUCCAACUGCACAAGCAAGACGUACUUCCCAUCGGAAUCAUCAUUGGCAUCACAGCCGGGCUUGGGAUUCUGCUCACCCUCCUCCUAAGCAGCCUCGCCAUCAUCUUCUACAGGAGACGAAAGCGGAGUCGGAAGGAUGUGACUCUUGGGAAACCUGACAUUAAAGUGGAGUCGGUGAACAAAGAGGCACCACUGGGCAGCAAGGAAUUGGAGGAGGAUGAUUCCAGCAUCUCCACAGCAACUCGGGUGAUGAAAGCCAUGUACUCGGCAUUCAAGGAGGACAUCGAACUGAAGUCCGACCUGCGUCCAGACAUCAUCGAUACACGGGAGGAGAAUGAACUCAAGGAUCCGACCAAUGGCUACUACAAUGUGCGGGGUCAAGAAGAGAGACCAGCUUCCCGGACACUUCUGUAUGCGGACUACCGACCUGCGGGGCCACGCUUUGAGACACGCCCUCCUUCCCGCCUCUCCCACACCAGUGGCUAUGCCCAGGGUGCUGGUGUACCCCCACUGACAGGCUCACCCUAUGGGCGACUGCCCGACUUUCCUGGGGAUGGAGCUGGGGACGCAGUCAGCCAGCUAUCAUACGAGCCCUAUGCUUAUACAUAUGGCAUGCCCCUGUACACGCGGACAUUCGAAUCCUUUGAAACUCCACCCAAGUACACUGGUGCCUCCCGCUUCUCUUACUCCUCCUCCCAGUCCGAGCAUGGACGUCCCUACCAACAGCGCAUGCAGACCCAUGUCUGACCAUUUAUGAUCCUCAACUGCCUGACCCUUCCCUUUGUCACCCCAUUUCCCUGUUUGGCCCUUCAAUCAUUCCCACCCCUCAGGUGCCUUUCGAAUUGUGACCAAUCAGUAUUGAAGUGGAUAUGGUGAAGGAGUUGUUGGACAGUCAGACACUAAAGUCAGAGAGUCACGCCAGCCCUCAAUCAGGGAAGCCCCUCACUCUCUCUUCCCUCUACCCUCCCUCAUUUGCUUGCCUGUCUUCUUCUCCUUCCAAUCUCCUUCCUCUCCUCCCCUCCUUCCAUGCUUACCUUGCCUUACCUUCCAUGCUCCCCUCGUAUUGUCCUCCUCAUUUGAUCCUUUCUAUCACCGUGGCUUCUCCCACCACUCCCGUUCUCUUCCUCUUCCCUCACCUCCUUCCUCUCAUCUGUCCAUCAUGCUCCCCUCUCAGUUGUCCUAUUCCCAUGUCACUCCUCCUCUGCCUUCUGCUUCCGCUUCCCCUUUCCCUGCCUCCUUCUUCUACUCCUCCUACUUCCCUCCCCUCUCCCCUAUGCUCUCCUUCUGUACUUUUCUCUGUCUCCUCCGCCACUCCUUCCCCCCCACCAACUCCUCCCCCUGUCCCUACCAGGUCUUCUCAUUCUGCUUCCCUGAUCUUCCCCUGGCAAUGAUUUGACUGCUUGUCACUUGCUGACUGCCUCCACUGGCUGCCUCCCAAUUGCCCACUCAGAGAGUGUGUAUAUAUUUAUACUUCCUUUGGUCAAGUCUAUUUUAUAUAGUGUGUGUGUGUGUGUGUGUGUGUGUGUGUGUGUGUGUGUGUGUGUGUGUGUGUGUGUGUGUGUGUGUGUGUGUGUGUGUGUGUGUGUGUGUGUGUGUGUGUGUGUGUGUGUGUGUGUGUGUGUGUGUGUACACUGUGGAUAUAUACUGUAUAUUCUAUAAGCUGGGGAACAGGCCCCUCUAUAUCACAACAAAGAGCUUUGAAAUGUAUCACACUAAGCUUCAAUCGCACAUGCGUGAUUUUGCAACAUUCCAGAUCCUGGUGAUAGCCCAAGAACGUGACUAAUCCCCAAGUCUUCCACAAUUUCCUUCAACUACCUCUGCCCCUCAAGAGGCAGUUCACAGUUUCUGUCUCAGUACCACCAUCUUGAAGUGUGUGAUGGGACAGUGUAGAGAGAGCUUCACUUUGUGUCUGACCAUGCCCUGGGAAUGUGUGAUGAGACAGUGUAGAGGGAACUGCACUGUGUCAGACCAAUGCCCCGGGAGAGUGUGAUGGGACAGUGUAAAGGGAGUGUCACCCUGUGUAUAAGCUGUCCUGUUCCUGCCGUUUAAGGACUAUUAUCACUGGUACGAUUCCACUCCUCAUCCUGGACAGUACAAGGGCCCAUAUGUCCCAAUAGGUACUGCCUGUCAGUCUGCACAUGUGGCAGAACAUCACUCUCUCCUUCACACAGCAGGAGAGACAGGUGCUGCAAAAGUAUGGGCCAUUGCUGUGAAUGGAGGAACUACCACAGAGCACUUAAAACUAUUAAAGAGAAAUGUUAUACCUUU